AUGGACCCAUGGUCUGAAAGGUUGGAGCGCCAUUAUGAAAUCCCACUGGACAAGGUUGGAGUUUCUUACAUUGACAACGACAAUGACGAAAUCACUCUGAGCUCAAACAUUGAGCUACAGAACUUCUAUCGACAUUAUCACUGUUCUGAUGAAGUCAUUGAAUUUGCUGUUCUCGAUUUAAGCUUGGCCCUGGCUGGUGCAGUGUUGACUUGA